CUUGCCCUAGACCAUCCCUUCUCUCUCUUCUCUCCUACCUCCAUCCUCUUUUCCCUUCCCUGUAGGCCUUCCACUCCAGACAAACCGCUUUUUAGACGGCGCUCGUCUCCAGUGGACACAAUCGCUUAGCCCGAGCUUCUUUAUAAGAAGAUAUCGGAUCGUCUUGCCUGCAACGAUUUUUUUUUGUCCUCUUCAUCACAUAUGUCUCCUGUCGCCGUCAUUGAAAUGGCCCCCUCCACGUUCUCCGCUUUGUUCGAGUCGCUCCGUACGGCACCUACGGCUCCAGAUGCCAAAGCCGCUGCCGACAAGCUCGCACGAGAGGUUUCCAAACAAGGGCUUCAGUCCGUAUCGGCCGGCAAAGUCAUCCCUACGCUUCACAAGUUCGCUACAAACAAAAAAUCGGGCUAUGAGCGUGAAUCCGCUGCCAUUGCAUUCCAAGCGCUUGCGACUACUUUAGGCGCACCUGCUGGUCCCAUACUUCUUCCCUCAUUGCCCGUCCUAUUUGAGCUGUACAUGGACAAGGGCGAUGUCGUCCGUCAGGCGGCUACUGCAGCGACAAAGGCGAUCCUCAAACUUUUCCCACCUGAGUCCACUCACCUCGUCUUCCGAACGUUAGAAAGCAUAUUAGAAGAGGGGAAAUGGAGAACGAAGGUUGCGGCUCUCGAUGCCAUCAGGAGCUUUGUAAGUUCAGCGGGAGAUGCAGUCGCCAACGAGUUAGGCACGACGCUGCCGAAGGUCGAGGCUGCUAUGCAUGAUACAAAAUCAGAGGUUUCAUCCGCUGCAAUCAAAUGCGCCACAGCGCUAUGCACGACCCUUGCAAAUGCGGAUCUUGCACACCACAUUCCUUCCCUCGUCAAAUGCAUGUCGGACCCCACCUCGGUCCCUGCCUGUAUCAAAUCACUUUCCAAUAGUACUUUUGUCGCCGAGGUCACCUCUCCGGCUCUAGCCGUUCUUGUUCCCCUGCUCAUGCGUGCCCUUAACGACCGAAGUAUGGAAGUUCAACGUCGGUCGGUGGUUGUCAUCGACAAUCUCGUGAAACUUGUCCGUGACCCCAAGGUAGCUGCCACAUAUCUGAGCCCGCUUGUAGAGGGAGUAGAGAAGAUUGCGAAAGGGGCCGCGUUUCCCGAAGUCCGUGCAUUCGCCGAGGGAGCAGUGAACACUUUGGCCAAAUCUGGCGCAUCUGCUUCAGGUCCCCCUCCGGCACAUCGGGAUGUCCAAGGGGAAACGGCCUCUGCGCUCGAAGUAAUCCUUUCGCUUCUUCCUAAAGAAUUGGUAGAUACAUCCGUAAAACCCAGCAAGACAGCUGAGCCUACCUUCGCUCUUGUUGCCGAGUUUGAGGCUUCUCUCGUUGCGAACCUCAUCCAUGACAACAAAUUCACCGACAAGGCAACCUGGAAUCGCUGUGUUGGCGUGUACACUGGCCCUUGGCUGCCCAAGAAUGGCCCAGAUGGAACAGCAUUUGCUGAGACGGUCCGAGAGCAUCUAUACGCGAUCGAAAAGGCCAAAUAUGCCCCAGUGCAGAACGGUGAUUCUGAAGAAGGCGAGCUCCUGUGCGAUACCGUAUUUUCACUGGCCUAUGGUGCUCUUUUGCUCCUUUCACAUACGUCACUUCGUCUGUUCCGUGGACGCCGAUACGGCAUCCUUGGAACGAACGGAUCUGGCAAAUCCACGCUCAUGCGCCAGCUGCGGGAUGGUAAGGUAGAGAACUUUCCGCCGCAGGAUCAACUGCGCUGCGUGAUGGUGGAGCACUCGCUGCAGGGUGAGAAUACGUCUCAUUCCGUCAUUGACUUUGUCUCUUCUGACAAGGCUCUGGAAGGCGUACCGCGGAGUAAGAUUCGUGAUCAGCUGUUAGAAGUUGGCUUCGAUGAUUCGCGGCAGGCUGAGAUCGUUGGCGGCCUGUCUGGUGGUUGGAAGAUGAAAUUGGAGCUCGCGAGAGCGAUGCUCUACAACGCUGAUCUAUUACUCCUUGAUGAGCCUACCAAUCACUUGGACCGCAAUUCUGUAAAAUGGCUCGAGCAGUAUCUCAUUGAUCACAAAAACGUGACUUGUUUGAUCAUCAGUCACGACUCUGGGUACAUUCUAGUCGCAUACUUCACAUACUUCCAGUUGGCGUACUAUCCUGGAAACUUAUCUCACUUUGUCGCGACUCAUCCGGAGGCCAAGUCCUACUAUACUUUGGCCGCUACUUCGGUUAAAUUCGCGUUCCCUCCCCCCGGCUCCCUGAUGGGCGUCCGGAGCAAUACCCGUGCAAUCCUCAAGAUGAGCAACUGUACUUUCACUUACCCGGGGAAGAGCACCCCAAACCUAAUGGAUGUGAGCUGUGCGCUCACAUUGUCGAGUCGUGUAGGAGUCAUUGGACCGAACGGUGCUGGAAAGUCGACUUUAAUCAAGUUGCUCACCGGAGAGACGGAACCUCAGGAAGGAACUGUAUAUAAGCACCCUGCGCUGCGCAUUGGAUACGUGUCGCAACAUGCCACUCAUCAUAUUGAGCGCCAUCUAGAAAAGACACCUAUCCAAUAUAUUCAAUGGCGAUUCCAAGACGGGCACGAUCGCGAGCUUUUGGAAAAGGCCACUCGUGUCCUCACGGAUGCGGAUAAACAGCUUUUGGAGACCGAGUUUGUUGGCAAGAAUGGAGCGAAACGGAAGCUUGAGAUCAUCAUGGGUCGUCAAAAGCUGAAGAAGUCCUUCCAAUACGAACUCAAAUGGCGUGGACUAGACCACAAAUUCAACACAUGGAUGCCACGCGAUGAACUCCUGGCCAAGGGCUUUGGGAAGUUUGUUCAACAAUUCGAUGACAUGGAGUCUUCCAGAGAGGGUGCCGGUCAGCGAGAAACCUCGGCUCACGUCGUCAGGAAGCAUCUAGAAGACAUCGGCCUGGAUGGAGAUAUCGCACAGUAUAAUGAGAUAUCUGGAUUGUCGGGGGGUCAGAAAAUCAAACUGGUCAUCGCCGCUUGCCUUUGGAAUAACCCACAGAUAUGUGUCCUUGACGAGCCAAGUAACUUCUUGGAUCGGGAGGCUCUUGGCGGGUUGGCUGUCGCUAUCAGGGACUGGGCAGGUGCUGUCGUCAUUAUUUCUCACAACAGUGAAUUUGUUUCUGCCCUAUGCCCGGAGAUAUGGCAAAUCGAGGCCGGCCGCAUGACCCACAAGGGCAAAGUGGCUGUUGUGGAAGACGCUUUUUCCAAUGUGAAGUCGCCGAAGGGCAGUGGUGCAAAUACGCCCGCGCGAUCCAGGGUUCAAACGCCUUCCGCUUCUACAGUCGCCUCUCCGGCUGUGAGUGGUGAUGAAGCUGGUGGUGGCUCUCCUUCGGCUCCUAUCAAGAAGAAAAAGAAGAUGACGCGGAACCAGCAGAAGGCACAGGAAGAGCGGAGAAGGUUGAGGAAACUACACUGGUUGACCGUGGGUGGGCCUAGACCGGAGGAUACGGAUGAGGAUUAGAGAUGGACAACUACUGUACCCACGCUGAUUCAGAGGUAUUGAUUUAUGACUUUUCAUUGCCAUCGCUAUCGUGAUCCAAAUAGAUUGAUUCCGAGAUCGUAAUAGAUAGGUACCGCUACGAGCCGCUACGCCAUUCAUUUGCGCCUGUUCUUUUAGAGUAUGUAUUUUCGUGAUCGCCAUGCACAUCGUGUACACCC